AUGGAGCCAGCUCCUGAGGCCGCCUCCCCGGCACCUCGGCCGGACCUCUCCACCCUACCCGACGCCCCCGCAUGCAGUGAAAGUCCAACACCGUCUACAACAUCCCAGCCCGUCUCAGCCGUCGUUCCACCCUACUGGCAGCGCCACGAACGCAAUGUCUCGCGCGCAUCCCAGAGUUCGCUCGUACCGGCCAUCACGCUAGAAGACCACACCGCCGACCCCGAAUGCGAGACGAGUCGUGGUCUCUGGGCGCGCAGCGUCAGUAUUGCGGAUCAUUGCGUUGUGCAGGGGAAGACCGGGGGAGGACCAAUGGUUGUUCGAUUAAGAUACUCUGAAUUCGACAAGCUGAGGCAGAGGCUCGUUUCUUCGUUUCCGCAUGCUAGGAGUGCGCUUCCUGCUCUUCCGCCGAAGAGUGUGCUUUUCAAGUUCCGGCCUGAUUUCUUGGAGAACCGGAGGAUCGGGCUCGAGUAUUUUCUCAAUUGUAUUCUCCUGAAUCCGGAGUUUUCGAGCUCGCCCAUCGUGAAGGAUUUCCUCUUUGGGCGCAUGUCAUAA